GUUUGCUCGCUCUCUUUUUUUUCUACCAUCUUCAUCGACCAGAAUGGCCACCAAGAAGAUUGUCAAGCCCGUCGGUCAGGAGCCCAGCGAGCUCGAGCUUGCUGUUGCUCAGGCCAUCGCCGAUCUCGAGCACAACUCUGCCGAGAAGGACCUCAAGGCUGAGCUCCACGAGCUCCACAUCAGCGCCGUCAAGGAGGUUGAUGUCGGCAGCGGCAAGAAGGCCAUCAUUGUCUUCGUCCCCGUCGCUCUGAUCAAGGGCUUCCGUCGCAUCCAGCCCCGCCUUGUUCGCGAGCUUGAGAAGAAGUUCAGCGGAUCACACAUCGUCUUUGUUGCCCAACGCCGCAUCCUCCGCAAGCCCACCCGCAACAACAAGUUUGGCCAGACCCAGCCCCGCCCGCGCAACCGCACUCUGACUGCCGUCCACGAGGCCAUCCUCGACGACCUCGUCUUCCCCACCGAGAUCACCGGCAAGCGAACCCGCGUCAAGCUUGACGGCUCGCGACUGAUCAAGGUCCACCUUGAGAAGAAGGAGCAGUCCAACCUCGAGCACAAGAUUGACACCUUCUCGGCUGUCUACAAGAAGCUCACUGGCAAGGAUGUUGUCUUCGAGUUCCCCGCCCAGGCUGAAUAAGCACUUUCUCUGUCCCUCACGAAAAUGUCGACUGCGUCGCUUUGCCGCGUUUUCGUCGUCCCCCCUCUCCAUCGUCAUUGUUGUAGUGUGAUUGUGUUUCAUUCAUCCCGCAAUGAAGAUUUGGCAAAUUG